AUGGUCGGCGACGAGGCCAAUGCGGCCAGGUCAUUGCUGCAACUGACGCGGCCGAUUCAGAAUGGUGUCGUCAAAGAUUGGGAAGGAAUGGAGGCUGUUUGGGACUACACCUUCCACAAGCUAGGCGUGAAUCCAGUCGAGCAUAAGGUUCUUCAAACCGAAGCAGCUUUAAACCCACCGCGAAAUCGCGAGCGCAUGGUCGAGAUCAUGUUUGAACGCUAUGGCUUCAGCGCGGUGAAUGUGUCAGUCCAGGCUAUCCUGGCUUUGAAUUCCCGUGGACUGGACUCUGGCUUUGUUGUCGACUCGGGCGAUGGUGUAACACACCUCGUCCCCAUUUGCGAGGGCUACCUAGAGCCCGCAUUGGUGCAAAGGGUCAAUCUAGCUGGCAGACACGUGACGGAACAGCUGAUGAAGCUCCUCGUAGGGCAAGGCCAUCCAUUGAAUUCAACUGCGGACUUUGAAACUGUGCGCGAGGUCAAGCAGAAGUUGUGCUAUGUUGCAUACGAGCCAGAGGCAGAGAGGAGACUGGCACGCGAGACAACUUUGGUCGACAGACAGUAUGUUCUUCCUGACAGUCGAACCAUGCGGGUGGGUGCUGAGCGCUUCCUUGCACCGGAGAUCCUAUUUACUCCUGCUUUGGGUGGCUACGGUGACGGCGACGGCCUGGCCGACUUGGUCUUCAACACGAUACGCAAGUCUGACAUCCAUGUCCAGAAGGACUACUUUCAGCAAAUUGUGCUUUCGGGCGGAACGACGAUGUUCCCGGGAAUGUCGUCACGCUUAGAGAAGGAUCUGAGAGCAUUGUACUUGCAGAACGUCCUUGGCGGCGACACCUCCCGUGCCUCCAAGUUUAAAGUGCACGUGGAGGAUCCUCCCGACCGCCGACAUAUGGUCUUCUUGGGUGCGUCGAUCAUGGCGGAUCUCCAUGAGCAGCAGGCAAAUCCCAGAUACUGGAUCACGCGCGAGGAGUACCAAGAGACUGGUGCUAGCGCCGUCCAGAGAUUGAUUCCCACGAAGUUAGCUUGA